GUCUCAAGUUUGGUAAAGAUAACUGGAAACAUAAAGAGAAUCAACAGUCGCAAGUUCUGGUCUCCCAUUAAAUUUUCAUAGGAAUUCCGAGCUGUAUUCCGAGACGUACUUUAAAUGAAAUGUCCAGUUAGAGUUUUUAUAUCUGUUCAUUUACUUAAAGAAUAGCUGCUGUAUGUUAAAGAAAAGUUUGAUAAAGUAAAGCUUGAUUUGAACGUACAGAGAGAUUUUACUGAGUGACCCCCGGCCUUGACCUCACCAGAUUUCUUGACGAUAACCCCCUGAAAUUUCCGUUUGCCAAUUAAAUAAUAGCAAACGUUUUAAAGAAGAUAUCGUUUUUUAAUGCGUUGCAUUGAUAGCAGAAAGGAGGGUUAAAACAAUUGAUUCAUUCAAUAGAGUGUUCAGCUGUUAGUUGAAUGAAUUGAGUUGUAAUCAGCAAGGAGACUUCACAUCCACUUGACACCCACAACGCAAGUAUCGCAUGAAAUUUGAAGACGAUUUCAAAGAAGAAAGAUGGAAAUGUCUGAUGUAGAAAGCAAGCCAGGCUCGCCAUUGGACGAAUCGCAGCCCGUUCAUGUGCUGUCAGAUCGAGAAAGUCCAUCCAUCUCGUCGAUUCACAAAGAUGUCCACAAAAGAUCAGAAAUUCUCUGCAAAGUUUGCGGUGACAUAUCAUCAGGCCGACAUUACGGCGUGUUUACCUGUGAUGGCUGCAGUGGAUUUUUCAUGCGGAGUGUCCGCAGAGGUAUGAUCUAUACAUGCAAAGGCAAUCAGAACUGCAUUGUUGACAAGAAACGCAGAAAUCAAUGCCAGGCAUGCCGAUUCAAGAAGUGUGUUGAAGUGAAGAUGAACAAAUUCGUACAGCAAGAACGCCAGCCAAACACAGCCAGAAUUCGAGACAUGCCAGCUUCGAGCCAGGAUACAGCGGAAUAUCACUAUCUCCGUGCUCGGGCUGACUACAUUUCCAGCUUCACGACCCCAGACGCACCGAUUUCAAGCUCUCUGGUGAUGUCGUCAUAUUCAUUACCCGUCAUGCAUAGCCAGAAAUCGCAGUCGCAAGCAUAUCACGCUGCGGAUGGUAUUUAUGAGACCGCUGCGAGGCUUCUGUAUCUGUCAGUGACUUGGGCGAGAAAUGUCCCGGCUUUUCUGCAGCUGCCUUUCAGAGACCAAAUUAUUUUGCUCGAAGAGUCAUGGAGAGAACUGUUUGUGAUAUUUGCCAUACAGUGGAACCUUCCGCUGGACCUAAACUACUUAGUGGCGCCAUUUGUGAACCCGAAGAAGCCCGCAGACCCGGAAACAGUGGCAAAAGUAUCACUUGAGUUGAGAAGAUUCCAGGAGCUGGCCACGAAAUUCCGCGCGCUGAAGAUCACAGAGGAAGAGUUCAUUUUCUUGAAGGCCAUUCUUUUGUUUAAAUACGAUUCACGUGGACUGAGAGACCCGCACCACGUGGAGAGCUGCCAGGACCAAGCCCAGGUCAUGCUUGGCGAUCAUAUCCGUCACAACUUCAGAGAGCAGAAGCAGCGCUUCGGCAAACUUAUUCUUCUUCUGCCUGCCUUGCGUGGCAUCAGUCCUAAAACGCUGGAAGAUGUCUUCUUCAGACAAACAAUUGGUCCGGUCUCGAUCGAAACGCUUUUGGCAGACUUAUUCAAGUCUUCAUAGAACGCCAUCACUGUUGUUACUGUAGCUGCGAUUGGAAUCUCGUUCGCUGCCAAGGAGCGUAACCAGGGCAACAAAAACAGAGAUUUGGUCUAUACAUCUGGAAGAGUUAAAGAAUGUGAAGGACUUGGUAGCAUCUCAUUUGAUAUAUCGGACACUAUGGAAUGAUUUUAGCUGAAAGCACUUUGUAACUUCCGCUUUGCAUUUUGGUAAAGCCUAUGUUUCUAAAUAACCCGUAAAGCGGCUUAAUUUUGUUGACUAAACUUGUACAUCAGACCUAAGAAACUUUAAACCUAAUUAUCUUAAUGGCUUGUAGAAUAAAUAAAUAAAUAAAUAAAUAAAUAAAUAAAGAGAGGGGUUGAGAUAUAGUUUGAUUAUAACUGAGAGGUAACAAGAAGGUCACACAGCAGAAACCCGUAAACAGGAACCCGCAUUUUUAUUGAGCCUAAGUGGGUGCUAAUUGAAUGGGCAAAAGUGGGUUCCGAUUUAAUGGGUAUCUUUUAAUUAAUUAGGAUUAUUGGUCCUUUGUAAUUGCCCUUAAAUUCUGUCUAAUUUGUCAUCAUAGACCUUCAAUCCUUUUUUCUUGAUUUAUCCAGUAUUGUGGUAAAUGUGUUGCACUAUCUGGUAUCUAAGCUAUGCAGAUUGGAAUUAUUCUUAGUAAUUCAAAUAAGAACCUAUUAUGCAAGUUAGGUAAACAAGAAGCUUAUUAAAGUGGCCUAAACACCACUUUCAGCAUACAAGUUCUGAUAGCACUAGGUUCAUAUAUGCGGGUGACAACUGUAAUUUGGGCAUGGCAAACUAAUGGGAGGAGCAUGAUAGAGCUGCCAGAAUGCAGCAGUGCAGUGUGAAGGGCGAAAAAGAAGAAGAAGUUGCUUAGGGAAAUUCAUGAUUGAUCUUCUGCUUUGUAAAUCGCAGCUUAAGUAGGCAGCCAGGUCACUUAAUUGGCCUUACUGCAGAAUGCAUGUUUUUGAUCCAUGAUGUAAUUUGCUGCAUCUGAUAAACAAAGUUUAAACAUGACUACAUUUAAUGUAUGCACGUGUUUUGCUGUAUUUAUUGUAAAAAUAUUGGAUAAAGAUUUAUCUAAAGGUGUUCUGGAUGUGGACAAAUUCUUCAACUAUCUGCCUGUGGCGUUUUCGAAUGCAAUGGCCAAAUGCAAUAUUUGAAUUCAACAUGACUUGAGAUUCUCAAAUGUUCUUAAUAAAUUUCUACUGGUUUCUAUUUUUCUAUUCUGAAGAACGACUUUCCACAAGAAUGAAGGCUUAAUGAAUCCAAUUUGAAUUUAUAAUGCUCCUAGGAAUCGCCUCGGUGAUAAGGAAUUUUUGUAUAAAGACUUUUAUACUGAUAAAUUUACGAUAAUGAUAAAUUACUGUAAAUCUUUUGAGCAAGAAAAACUUUCGGAGUAAAGAUUUUUGCAAGAUGGUAUAAUUUACGAUUAAGAAGAGUUGGCGAAUUCAAAAAGAGGGGAAAAGCUUGAUACCGCUUGCUUUACAAACUAGCUCAUUUGCUAACCGAGAAAAGAGGCCUACAGAUAAAGUGCGUCGAAAUACGAUACGAAAGCACAAGAUAAAGACGCCACCAAACUAAAAUUUCUUGCGUCUGACAAAGCCGAUAACAAAAUGAAACAUCAUGACUGCCCUGGAUGAAUAAUCUAAUUGAUAUAGUCAAUUACGGGGUACUAAAUAAAUAAGGACAUAUUUACAACCAGACGCAAAUAAACACAUUAAUCGUAAAUAUGGCAAUAGACUCGAUCGCGCGGUAGCAAAUGAGAUAUGCUAAACGAGGUCAGCAGAGACAGGAAUCUUGUCUUUUCUUAUUGUUCUUGUUAAUAUACAGACCAUUAAAGCUCAAUAGAUCAACUGGUGUUCGCGGUUCCAAAGCCAUAUGCAUGACCGAAUCCCCGUAAACAGCCGGUCUCCGCAUUACCUCAGUUGAGCUUUAAGGAACAAUCACUAUUGUUUUAAACAAUAGGCAAUAA